UGGACUUCACCACGAGGAUGCUAAAUCUGAGGAAAUCCAUCCAUUCUACCAACUUGAGAUGGGAAAGAGAUAUGCUGCCCAAAUCUAUUCAACGGAUAAAACUUUUAGCAUUAUUCUCGGCCGGCCGCCAAGAAUCUCCGGUUUAAAUUGUGCCCGUAUCAUGCCUGAUGAUAUCAACGAUGGAGUUUUACUGUUAGAGGGUGAUGAGUUGCAUAGCGCAUUGUGUAAUGUCGACGCGAAUGGUUAGAAUCUGGAUUAACAAUUUCGCGGCUCAACCUGGAGACAGAUGAAGCUGAUAGUUAGUCAGUUUCGAGAGGAGGUACUUGGGGUGUGUCUUCAAACACAAUUCACUAAUAAUAGCGGAAUAUUAGCUCGGUGAGUAACUUGUAGACACGAAAUUCUCUGGGGUUAGAAUCCGCAAGAGCUAAAGUACGACGAGCUCAGUGAAUCUCAACACAUUCCUCCACAACGACAUGUCGUGAUGACAACUUAUAUGGACCAACAGUACAACUGCUUCUUGUUACAUCGAAAGCUUGUGAAUGAGACCCAAUGGA